AUGCGCUUCCCGCCAAAUCCCCCUCCCCCAGUUCAGCCCCCGGCCGCUCCACUCCCUUUCAGGGACAGGAAGGUACCACAGCUUUCCCCUCAGACUCAGCGCCCAGCUCUCCCCAAUACCUCUCCCUCUAUAUCCCCGCCCCCGCCUCUGAUCCCCGCACCGUCCGGCCCCCACCUCAGAAACCGUCUCUCGAGGCGACCCUCGCCGCAGUUCUCAGAACCUCGCAUGGUUCCCUCCGCCUUCCUUCCCACUCCCACCGCAGGCCCCACUACGGACCGGAAGUCACAGAGUUUCCGCCUGCAUGCAACUAAGCGCCGCCAUAUUGUCGUACGGAACACAGGCUUCCUGUGGCCGGAAGUGGCAGUAGGCCCGCCCCGCGAACACCUCCACUGCGGCCCACAUAGUCAGCGGUCUCUUCCAGGUUCCCAUUUCCACGGCUUAUUCGGCUGACCCAGCCCCUUCCCCUGCAAGGCCGGCGCACUCCUUGCCGCUGUCCAGCAGCUGUUUCUACUGCCAGGUGCUGCGUCCCGCGAUCGUUAAAACACAUGCGUACAAAUGAGCACAGCGCGCCAUAAAAGUGUUAUUGUU